CUUCAAAUUCGAGACCCUGCAGAGCCUGUACGAGUCUGAGGACCCCAAAAAGAUCCGAUUUGUCAACUACCUCCGGAGGAAGGCGCCAGCUCCCGACACGCAGAUGGAGAACGCCGUCCGCUACGUCAGGAGCAGAGACAGGCAGAGAGCUGCUGCUGCUGCAACCGCCACCACUACCGCUGCCGCAGCCGUUCCAACCAGCAGCACCACCACCACCACCACAGCUGCAGCCACCGGCAGCAGCACAGCCUCUGUCUCGGCCGCAAGCCAGGGAGCCGGGAGUGCAUCACAGUUUGCGGCCUUCGUCUCUGGGCGGCGUUCUCUGUCUGCGGUGGAGAUGCAGGCAAAGAUCAAGAAGCCGGUGCUGCCUAAGCCUGCGUCUCCAGCUUCCUUCAGACCAGCUCCUCCCUCAACACCAUCCGAGGAGCCUUCAGAUGAAGAGCUGGUCAGGGCGGCAGUUGACGUCGAGCAGUCCCCAGAUGUACAGCCCCCUCUCUCGCUCCUGCAGCAUCCACCUCCCGCCACCACCUCAGCAGCGCCACAGAAGGGGGCCGGUGUCUCUGCUGUGCUGGACGAGCCCACAGACGAGGAGCUUCUGGAGGACACACUGGAGCGAGACCACCCCCUGCGACCUCCAGCAGCCCUCGUCAAGGUCCAGCCUGCAGAGCCACCAGCUCCCUCACUGCAGCUGCCACCGCCUGCUCCUGCCCCGGAGGAAUGACGACAGGAGGAGUUGCCCGGGCCAGCCUUCCUCCCUCCCCCGCCACCUGCUGGCAGUGCUGAGGAGAGCUCAUCGGGGUGGAGUUCCUCUACUGGCAGAUGGGCAGAGUGCUUGAGGACGUCAGCUUGGACCCUGACACUCCGGACGAGGCUGCUGGCAUCCAGUCGCUCGAGGAGGUGGAUGGGGGUAUCGAGGAGGAC